AUGGCUUCCUCUUCUUUAAUUGUUCCGUUAGUCUUUUGGAAUAAGUUGCCAACUGCUCCCGUAACUACUGUUGCUUACAAGGAAGGACACAUUGUUACUGGACUUAAAGACGGUCACAUUUGGAUAUAUCGUUGUAUUAUCAGCGAACAGGGAACUCUUCAGCUACAACAUAAGGUAUUAUGCGUUGGUCAUGAAUCUCCAAUUACCGCUUUAACAAUCGUAAAAGGCCAAACUGACGGCUGUGCCGAAAAUGAUCAUGUAGUGAUAAGCGCCUCGGAAGAUGGUGAUGUUAUUAAGUGGUGUUUGUUGGAUGGAAGGUGUCUUAUGAGCAUUUCUAGAGCUUUUGAUGGAAUUAUCAAAAGUCUAAAGCCUCUAGCCGAGUAUGCUCAGCCAGCAAAAUUUCUUCUCUGUUCUGGAUUUUUAAAUGAGAUCACUAUAUUAAAUUGCACAUCACUAGAGAUUGUGCGAAUUUGGGCUGGUCAUAAUGAUUGGGUGACUUGCACUCCUUUUUAUGAUUCAGAUGCACGUCAAAUUAGAUUGUUAACUUCAAAUUUCAAUGGAAUUUUGAAAAUAUGGACAUUUGAUGAAUCAAAGCAUACAAUUAUAAAAGAAUAUGAUAAUGUUGGAUUAUUAGAUGCACAGGGAGAUAAAAUAUUGGAAUUAAUUAGUAAUCCAUACGAUAUUGGAGUUAUACUAGCAAUAACGAAAAGUUACGUUAUAGUAAGUGCGGAAAUAAUUAACAUAUAUGUAAACUUUGCCAGUAAAAUCAAAGUCAUAACCAUAUUUACAAUCUGUCAUGGGAAGAUGGGUAAUUUUCAACGUAUUCGAAUCCCAAAGGAAGGAAUUCAUUGGGCAAGUGGAAUUUUCUUAUCGAAAAAUCGAGUAUUAUUAUGGAAUCAGAUAGGAGAUGCUUAUCUGUAUUCAAUACCGUCAUACACGGAAAGGAAAUUUCCGCCGGAAAAUGCUCAUUUGCAUAUAAAGCCAGGCCUUAUUCGAAGGUCAUCUCUGCCUAAUUUACAAAAAGUCAACGUUAAUAAAUUACCAAAUUCGCCCCUUUCAAGACCACAGUUACUCGAAACUGUUUGUUCGGAUAGUGAAAGUAAAGCGAGUCCCGCUGUAACGACUGUAUUUUUAACAUCGUGCAUUGAAGGAAAGUUAUCGAGUUUAUAUUUGGUUACUUUCCGCAAUCAGGCAAGUGGCACCUCAUUUGCAUUCAAGUCAUUAUCACCGGUGAAAGAAUCCGAAAUACAGACACAAUUAUCUGUCAUUUGUCCGUUAAAACAUCAGAAUGAUCAAAUUACAGUCACAACUAUGGUUUAUGAUGAUCAUUUAGCUAUUGGAUAUGAGAAUGGAGAAAUUCACCUUCUACCUAUACCAGUGGCAUUAACACAAUCUGAGGUACCACCGGAUUCAAUAUUAAAAGGUCAUGUUGGUAAGGUUACUUGUUUAUAUACACCUUGUUCACAAAGCUUUGGGAACAAGUAUCUUUUAUCCGGUGGUGAAGAUUGUUCAGUUAGGAUAUGGAGUUUGGAAGAAAAGAAGAAACUUGCUUCUUUCAAGUAUCAUAGUCAAUAUGUUACACAAUUUUUUGAACCUCCAAUUGAUGAGUUACAAAGAAUUAGAAUUAAAGGAUGCGUAUUAACUUCUGAAGGGUCUAUAGUCUUAUUUUAUAAAGAUGACUCGGCUCACAUCUGGCAGACACAAACGUCGGAACUUAUUCAAAUAGUUGCUGGUUCGGCUGCAAGAGACAUGUUAAAAGAUCAUUCAUGGAGGACGAGUUCAGUGGAGAAACAAGAAUCAACCACAGACAGAAACAGCAAAGUCAAAACUUUGACAUCUUUUACAGAUAAUUCAGCAAAUGAAGGCACAACGGUUCAGGUUUUUAUAAUAAAUGUUAAACAACUUAUAAAUGAUAUUUAUCAUUAUCAUGUGUCACAAUUUGGUUCAAAACCUAAUAAUUUAAAUGGAUCAAAUGGAAUAAAUGAAGAUUUUGAUGAAAAGCCAUCAACAAUGUCCAAGAUAUUUUCAUGGACAACUGCUGGAGCUUCACAAUCAUCAUCCGUUGCUUCUAUUCCUUCUCCAACCGAAACGGAAACUAAGGCCAUUGACUCCAGUAUCGUUCAAGUCAUAGUAUCUGCUUUGAUGACAUGGGGAAUUGAUAGCUCUCUAGACAAAAUGUGUACAGAGAAAUUAGGUUUAAAAAAACCUUCAAGCCAAGUAACUUUUGGAUUGAGAGGUGCAAAUGGCAAUUUGACAAUUGCUGUUCCUUCUCCUAAUGAUGGUACGGCAGCAUGGAAGAUAUCACAAACGAUGUCAGCGUCACGUUUAUUGUCAAUCAUUGGGCUAAUACGUUCAUUUCUUUCCAUGAAAGGAUUGGAAAAAUAUUCAAGUGAUAUUAUAACACACUAUGGAUCAUUAUUACCAGAACUUGUUGGAGAAAAGUUUUAUCAUUCUUCUCUUGCAUUUCUUGCAAAGUAUUUUCAAGAUCCAGUUGAGGACAUAAGGACAUCAGCAAGGGUGCUUUUUCAAACAACGUUAAAUAAAAUGCCAUCCUCAGAGUUACAAUCAAUCAUUGACUAUUGGAAACAGUUUUUACCAGCAGUCACUUCGCCAGAUAUUUAUACUAAUCAGUACAUGGCUAGAUCUACUAUAUUGCUUGGAAUGAUUGGAUCGGAUCAUCCAGAGUUUUUAUCAAAAACAGUUGCAAAGAAUAUUGCAUUGUCAUUGAUUUUAUUAUUACAUGAUGAUUCCAAAUUAUCACAUCGAUUAGCCGCACUUGAAUUAUGCGGAAGAGGAUUUUCAACUUGGGAGCCUCAUAUCCUUUAUUUUUUUUUUUUGACGAUAUUUGCGUUAGCAAUAGAUACGGAAACAAAUGCUGUAACGGUUAAAGCAAUGGCACAAAAAGCCAUAUUUCAAAUAUCAAUAGCUAACACCCCAUUAUGUAUAUCAACAUUAAUAUAUGAUACAAAUAAUUCAAAGAAACCAACAGAAAAUGUGGGAUUUUUAAAAUUAAUAUCACUAUUCAUACGUAGGAAACCAUUAGUUCUACAUGCACAUUUAUCUGGAUUGGUUGAAGCGGUAGUAAAGUCUCUAGAUCCUAACGUACCAAAGAUGAGAGAUAGAGUAUUACAAACCACAACAAGUGUAUUACAUGAUUUAGUUAAAACAUUUCCUUCAAUUGCUUUUCAUGGUGGUUCACAAAAAUUAGCUGUUGGUACACUUGAAGGUGCUUCGAUUAUUUAUGAUUUGAGAACCGCAACUAGGUGGCAUGUAUUAGAA